AUGUGUCAUGAUGUUUUAGCUGUACCAGGGAACUUCUCCAAUAGUACCUGCAGGCCUCGGGAUCUUUUGAAGCACCUGAAUCUGACCAAAAAUAAAGAGCUGCACGCCAUGACCCGGCCUGGUAAAGCUAAAUCUCCCACCGAGGUUGUUCUGGAUGUACUACUCUAUGCCAUUCUAGAUGUGGACGAGAAGUACCAGAAAUUUGUUUCAGACAUUUGGAUUGAUAUGAUGUGGCAGGAUGACGACAUUUCUUGGAAUCCUGAUGACUUCAGUGGUAUUACAAGGAUUUAUCUUCCUACUAGUUUAUUGUGGACGCCAGAUCUAACUAUUGAAGAGAUGACAGAGAAGGACAAGAAUCUUCCGAGUCCGUAUCUCGUCGUUGAAAGUGGCGGUUGGGUAAUAGUGAGAAACGACAUGAUGGUGGUCAGCACAUGCAAGAUGCAAAUUUACAAAUUUCCCUUCGAUGUUCAGAGCUGCAACCUCUCUUUCAAGUCCGUCAUACAUUCUGAUGAGGAUAUAAAGCUUAUUCAAAUGGGUGACUCCUCGUGGAACGAAGACUGGUCUCGCAAGAAGAUGCAGACCCAGUCAGAGUGGCUGUUCUUGGACAUGACCAUCAACAACAAAACUGUUGACAAUUUUGGCUUCAAUCAAAGCAUAUUAGUUUACACUAUCACCAUGAAGAGGCGGUCCGCCCUCUACAUCGUCAACUUCCUGCUACCGAUCCUGUUCUUCUUGUUUCUGGACUUGGCCUCCUUCAUGAUCUCAGAGGGGGAGAAGCUCAGCUUCAAGGUCACUGUGCUGCUUGCCGUCACCGUGAUGCAGCUUAUUCUCAAUGACAUUCUGCCUUCCUCUUCAGACAGGAUUCCUCUUAUAGCGGUCUACUGCAUUGGGAGUUUUUCUUUGAUGAUGCUGAGCCUCCUGGAGACAAUGUUAGUGACGCAUCUGAUGGAUAAAGACUCUGCAUCUCAAGACAAUGAGGUAGAUAAAGACCAAAGACUGAGUGAGGAAUGUGGAGACAAAUAUGGGAAAGUCAGCUUCCACAACAACGUCGCUCAGAAACCUGGUAGCAGCAGCCAACUGACGGAGGAGUCCUUUGACUCUGACAAGAUCUCAGAUGAGCUGAGUGAGGCGGUGAAAACACUGACUCUGCUCCUCCACAGCAGGAAGGAAGAAACGAAGCCUGGCUACUGGACCAGA